GAAGUAACCAAAUAACAGAGAAAGGUCCACUAUGAAAUAAUUGAUCUUACUUCUCAUCUCUUUGCAUUAGUUAGUCUUUUUUAUCCACAGUUAUAUCCCUGUUUGCAUGUUUAUAUAUCUGAACUAUAUUACAUUUCUGUUGGUAGUUGUUAUGAGGACAAAAUUAUGACCUGCAAGCCAAGAGGCCGCUUCAUGAGAGGCAUCAAACAACUCAAAGUAGACUCGCUUCAAGAGGUUGAUGUGAGUCCUACAUUUGAACAUAGAGUUCACAUCCCAUCAUCAGCUCUACAAGAAAGCAUAGGAAAUGUGUCUGAGGUGGAUGUCCUGGUGGUGGCCUCUGUAAUUAACAGCAGUUAUUUUAAGCUGACUCCUCCCCCAAAAAACAGGAGACUUCUUGGGGGUCUGGAAGUAUUUAGGGACUCAGUCAUAUGUGUGCUGGCAGGAAACCGUGCAGUCGAGAAUCUCUCACAACCCAUCACGUUAACCUUCAAACACAACAAAGAGGUUGAAAAUGGAACAUGUGUAUUUUGGAAGGAAACAUCAGCAAAGGAUGGAACAGGUUACUGGAGCAAUGAAGGCUGUGCCACAAAUUACAAGGCACAUGAAUUUAUUUGCAGCUGCAAACGUCAGAGGUUCUUUGCUGUGCUUGUGAAUCCAGGAAUAUCGGUGACAAAAGCUGAUGCCGACAAGCUAAACUACAUCACUUACAUUGGAUCAGGACUCUCCGCCCCCUUCGCACUGAUCAGUUUGUUCAUCUAUAUUUAUCUACAGUGAGUAGAUGUCAUAUUA